AUGAGUAAAUUCUUUGUAGAUUGGUUUUCCCAGCAAGAAGAAUUUACCACAGAUAUAGAAGAGAUGAACAAGGAGGAGUUAAAUAAAUGCUUGCGGAAAUUUUACAUGUCUGCAAGAAAACAGGACGGAGGUUACUACAACAAAGCAACGCUUACCUCGAUCAGAGCCGCCAUUGAUCGGCACUUGCGCAACGAGCCACACAACAAGCCAUUUUCGAUAAUUAGCGACAGCCAGUUCACGGAAGCGAACAAAGCUCUAAAUUCGUUUCUGAAAACUCUGAGCAAAUCAGGUCAAAUUUGUUCUACUGUUCACAAACCCGCACUAACGACCGAAGCAGUUUCAAAGCUCUACGAAGCCGGCGAGCUAGUAGAUGAAAGAUGCCACGAUCCACAAAAGCUGCAGCAAACAGCGUGGUUUUUUAUAACCCUCUACUUUGGUCGAGGAGGAAGGGAAAACCAGCGUCAAUUGACAAAAUCAAGCCUAAAGCUCUCCAAAACCCCAAAUUCCGGCCUGGAAUAUUUUGAGCUUAACAGAGAAACGCCAGGAGGAGUCUUUUCAACCAAAAAUCACCAAGGUGGUCUAGACGGCACCGACGACCCAUCUGAUGGUAAAAUGUUCGAAGGCAAAGGGCUUGCUAACUGUCCAGUAGCAGUAGUGAAGGCUUACCUGUCCCAUUUAAAUCCAAAAUGUGAAGCACUCUUUCAGAAGCCCUUAACUGGUGCUAAAUUUAAACCGUCUUCUGAUGUCAUUUGGUAUUCAACACUUCCUCUAGGCCAUAACACGAUCGACAGCAUGAUGAAGAAUAUGUGCCUCCGAGCUGGUAUCGAUCCUCCUUUCACAAAUCACUGCGUCAGGUCGACCACCGUAAAUAUUUUGUCUUCUAAAGAUAUGAAAAAUCGUCACAUCAGAGCAGUCACGGGUCACAAAAGCGAUGCAAGUUUGGAAUCCUACAACGAUCGUCCAACGUUCGAGCAGUUUAAGAAUAUGUCUUCGGCGAUUACAGAUUUCAUCAACUUCUGCAGACCUGACCAUCAAGUCGCCAUUAACCCGCUAGCAGAAGUGAAUCGUUCUCCCUUAGAGACAGUAUCCAAAGCAAUUCACUCAAGCACAUCCACAAAUGUCCAGGAGAACAUUUUUGUUCAAGAAAACAUGUCGACCAACGCUGCACAUGGCAUCAUUUCUGGUGGCUCCUUCUCCAACUGCUCGUUCAAUUUCCACUUUCAGUAA